GUCAAUAGACGCUGAUGCAAUGUGAGCAGAGGUGGUUGCAUCAAAAAUCUAUGAACUUGCAUAUCUCGUGCAAGUUUAUGCCGUUUCGGCAGAAAAGACUUUCAUUAGUUACUGUUACGAGAAGAUAUUUGUGCCAUUCAAGGCCAAAGACUUUUGAUAGCCAUCGAUUUAGAUUUAAGUUGGCUUUGAAUAUGGAGAAACAACUGAAGAAGAAGAAGAUCCGUAAUAUGGCACAUGUUGACAAAUACAAGAGCAAACUGUCUCAGGUUCCUGUAUCAUUUUCUGCUAGUGUGACUGUGGUAUCUACUGGUGCGAAUGGAUUAGGACGAUCUGUCUUAUUGAGAACAAACACUGACAGGUAUUUGUUUAACUGUGGAGAAACAGUUCAAAAAGUUAUGCCAGAUAUUAGUUCUCGUUUAGGACCAGUAGAUAAUAUAUUCUUCACCUACAACACCUGGAACAAUGUUGGUGGUAUUAUGGGUUUCUUGCUGUCAAAUACUGAAGACAUUUACCAUGCUAACACUAUUGUCCUGCAUGGUCCACCGUAUGUGAACAAGUUGUUGGACAUGACAAGAAUGUUUUCAGAGAAUCAUGUUGGAUCUUUAGCAAAAGUUGAUUGGCAUGGUAUAGACAGAGUAAAGCAUGAGGAUGAUCAGCUAACUGUAGAAUAUGUAGAACUUCGCAGUGGAGAAUCUGAGGAAAUUCAGAAAGUGUACCAGUUUGAAAACAAAUGCAUGGACAAGAAGAAAACUGUGAUGAACUAUAUUAUUAGGCUGAAAGCUAUACCUAGAAAAGUGGACAGCAAAAAGCUAUUGUCUCUGAAUACCAAAAGUGGUCCUUGGAUAAAGAAACUUGUAGAUGGUGAGGAGGUAACACUGCCUGAUGGACGGACUGUAAAACCAGAUGAUGUUCUGUUUGAGAAAGACAAGGAUUUGGGACCCAUAGUAGUGGUAGAUUGUCCAACAGAAGAUUACCUGGACUCCUUAAGUACAAACAAACAGUUGUUGGAUCUUCAAACUGAGACUGACAGUAAACCACUCAUGAUAAUACAUAUGGCUCCAGCUACAAUUAUAGAGGAGCCACGUUACAAGGCUUUCAUGGACAGACACCAGUCUGGGACAAUACACCUGAUGUUGAAUGAGAACUCACCAGGUCCAUACUUGCAUAGUAGCCAACAGUACCAUUCAGCUCUCAAUUAUCUAGAUCCAGAAUUAUUUCCAGCUCUUCAGGGACACUUUCACUACACGAAGAGACCUGAGCCAGCUACAGGCAGUGUUGUGCAAGCAUGUUAUGGUCUUACAUAUAAUAUCAGACCUAUGAGUAGCCGAGGCUUUAAUUGGGAAGAGUUGUUAUAUCUGAACCAAGAGGAAUUUUUUGCUGAGGUUAAAAGGAGAGCUAAGGUUGAUGCACUUGGAAUGAUUAAGAAAGUGACAUGUGAAGACAAGGUGGCAAACUUGAUGAAUUUUAAGGAGUCCGACAUUGAUGAUGAGGUGAUGAAACUCAGAUCUCUGUUAAAACAGCAAAGAAAGGAAGCUGCAGAUCAGACAGAAGAGUACCCAGAGAUAGUGUUCCUUGGCACUGGUUCGGCCAAACCUGCCUUAACAAGAAAUGCAAGUGCCAUUCUUAUACAGAUGAGAAAGGAUGAAUACUUUUUGAUGGACUGUGGUGAGGGGACACUUACUCAGUUGUAUCAGAUGUAUGGACUUGAGAAGACGCACCACAUCCUGUCCAACUUGAAAGCCAUGUUUAUCUCACAUCUGCAUUUUGACCAUCAUGGGGGAAUGUUUGGUGUGUUAGAAGCUCGCCGGAAAGUUAUUAGUAUGGCCGAGAGGAGUGAUAGGUUGACAGUUUUUGCCCCUGUUCCACUGAAGAAAUGGUUCAAUCUGUUCUCCACCUGUGUAGCUCCUAUAGAAAGUACUAUUGAGAUGAUACCGCAUCAUGUCAUACAUGAAGCUGUGAAAAGUAACAAAGACUCCAGUUAUAUAGCACGUGCAAAAGAUGUUCUUGGUGUUUCGGAGUUUGUAGUGAUGCCUGUUGUUCAUACAACCAACUCUUUUGGAAUUUCAAUCAGGCACCGAGAUGGCUGGAAACUUGUCUAUUCUGGUGAUUCCAUGCCUUGCCAGGAGCUUGUACGAUAUGGUAAAGACUGUGAUAUUCUCAUACAUGAGGCAACAUUUGAUGAUUAUGGCGAAGAAGAUGCUGCCUUUAAAAGACACAGUACAACAUCUCAAGCAAUUGAAGUUGGUAGGCAAAUGAAUGCUAAAUUCACUCUACUUACGCACUUUAGCCAGAAAUAUGCCAAGGUUCCAGUAUUUACUGAGAAUUUCACAGAAAAUGUUGGUUUUUCCUUUGACUUCAUGCAGCUGCGACCGAGUCAGUUAUGGUUAAUUCAUUUGCUCAAGCCAGCUCUUAAAUUAAUGUAUGGAUUCAACUUAGAAACCAGACUGAUUAAUUUGAGGAAAAAUCUAAGUCUAAAAUCUCAUAGAGAAAAGGCAUAUUUAGAGAAGGCAGUCAGUGAAAAAAGAUUGGCAGAUAAGGCAUUUCUGAAAAAGAAGCGUGACUCCAUGGAGGAGUGGUCUGAGAAAGGUGAAGACUUAAAGUCAAAGUUGUUAACUAUUGAACAAAAAACAAAAUUGAGAGAACAGACAAAAUGUGAUGGAAAUGUUGAAGUUAAAGAAGAUGAGGAGAUGGAGGAUGGUAAUGUCACUGAAGGCAGUAAUAAAAGGAAAGUGGAGACUGAAAGUGUAGUAAAUAAGAGCAGGAAAACAGACACAGAUGUUUGUGUAGCCACUACCUCAGACAGUAAUGGUGGUUUUGUGGAGCAGGAUGAUACUGUGAUAGGAAGCUCGUACAUUUUAGAAGACUCUAAAACAGCUGUGGAAUGAGGAAUUCAAAAUAAUUGUAGAAAUAUACCAUGAGAAAGUUAAAGAAAAACCAGUCAUUAUUGCAUUCUAAGAAAGGGAAAUAUUGCAAUGGAAAAUACCAGUGACUUGGUUUAGUUAUUUUUAUGCCCCCGAAGGGAGGCAUAUAGUUUUUGAACCGUCUGUCUGUCGGUCUGUCAGUCUGUCGGUCUGUCGGUCUGUCCGCAUUUUUCGUGUCCGGUCCAUAUCUUUGUCAUAGAUGGAUGGAUUUUCAAAUAACUUGGCAUGAAUGUGUACCACAGUAAGACGACGUGUCACGCGCAAGACCCAGGUCCGUAGCUCAAAGGUCAAGGUCACACUUAGACAUUAAAGGUUAUUGCAUUGAUGGGCGUGUCCGGUCCAUAUCUUUGUCAUCAAUGGAUGGAUUUUCAAAUAACUUGGCAUGAAUGUGUACCACAGUAAGACGAUGUGUCGCGCACAAGACCCAGGUCCGUAGCUCAAAGGUCAAGGUCACACUUAGACAUUAAGGGAUAGUGCAUUGAUGGGCGUGUCUGGUCCAUAUCUUUGUCAUCAAUGGAUGGAUUUUCAAAUAACUUGGCAUGAAUGUGUACCACAGUAAGACGACGUGUCAUGCGCAAGAUCCAGGUCCGUAGCUCAAAGGUCAAGGUCACACUUAGAUGUUAAAGGUCUUUUUUCAUGAUAGUGCAUUGAUGGGCGUGUCCGGUCCAUAUCUUUGUCAUUCAUGCAUGGAUUUUAAAAUAACUACGCAUAAAUGUGUGACACAGUAAGACGACGUGUUACGCGCAAGACCCAGCUCCAUAGGUCAAAGGUCCUAAACUCGAACAUCGGCCAUAACUAUUCAUUUAAAGUGCCAUCGGGGGCAUGUGUCAUCCUAUGGAGACAGCUCUUGUUGUUUUCUGCUUGCGUAGGAUAGAGACAGAAUGAUGUUAUCCUGAUUUUAGUGCAUCUGUCCGAUUGCAUCUAGUACUUUUGAUAUGCCUGUCUCUGAAAGAGUGGGGCGUAUUAUGUGAACACCCGCGGCAGGGGGGUGGGCGGGCAGGCGGGCAGCAUCCAAAGCAUGUCCACUCUCUUAAGUCAUACAGUUUUCAUCUGAUCUUAACCAAACUUGCUGACAAUGUUUGUGGGCAUAAUACCUCAACCAAGUUCGAUAACCACCCAAAUCGCCACAGGCAAUCCUGGAUAAUGGCCCUUGAAUUACUUGAAAAACUGCGAAUUUAGCCUUGUCGGCUCUCUUAGUCGAACAGUUUUCAUCUGAUCUUCACCAAACUUGCUGACAAUGUUUGUGGGCGUAAUAUCUCGGCUAAGUUCCAUAACCACCCAAAUGGCCCCAUGCCAUCUCGGGUUAUGGCCCUUGGAUUACUUGAAAAACUGCUAAUUUAGCCUUGUCCGCUCUCUAAGUUGAACAGUUUUCAUCAGACAGGUGUAUUUUGUGACAGUCUGGCACUCUUGUUCAUUUGUUAAGCAAUAUGUACCAAGAUAAACUACUAUUUAAUGUUCUAAACCAAAAACAAAUGAUAUGAGUCAACCUAGCAGUCAAUAUCAUAUUCCAAAAAUGAAUUAUACGAGUCAACAUUUUGAGUUUAGGUGAACAAAGCAGGGGGAAAUGUCCAUUUUUUUCUGUCAAGCAGGUUUUAAUGUAAACAUUUUGCCAGUGUUUGCAUACAGGUUGAUAGGGACAGCUGUCUACAGUAAAUAAGAUAACAAAAUGCUUUGUUAGACCUUAAUGAAAGUCCAUAUAUUCAUGGCCAUGGUAUUUUUAUCGUUGGUUUCAAAUCCCUUGUGGGAUUGUAAGUUACUUCCUGGGACAAAAAUGUGUGGAGAUGUGAAAUGUAAGUUAAUAGUAACUUUAUGGGAAGCUACUUUGAGGACAACAUCGUUAAAAUAAAAAGAGAAAAGAAAAAAUAUGAGAAAAUGAAAUGUGAUAUUCUGUAUUGUAAAGAUAUGUGUCAUCUUUAAAUGUUGUAGAGUUGAGUUACAGAACAAACACAUUAUAAUGUAACAUUUAAUUGUGGCAAACUUUGUCUUGUUGAAAUCAGUUUAUACCUGAUCAUUUCAUAUAAGUUUGCUAUACUUGUAUUUUUACUGAGAAGUAUAUGGUUUUGAUUUCACAGUAUGUAGAUAUAUUUUUUUUAAUCUGUAACAGUUAAACAGGAUUAGUUCUUUGCAGGACUAAAAUGAGAUAGCUGUUUCUCAGUGUGUUAUUACCUGUACUUUAUGGAGAUAAAUGAUCUUUUAAUGAAAUGAUUUGUACAAAGAAAUCAACUGUUUUUAAAAUAAAGUCAGUUAUUGAAAGUCA